UAAACAUGAGACGGUUUUUACUGGACACGUGUAGGCUUUGCUUCUCUUCUCUCUCUCAACCUCUCUCUGUGUGCAAACGAGAUUCUCUCCCUCUCUGUGGCUUCAUGAUGCAAAUGGAUAGAUUUUGCUUCAUACAAUAUCCAAACUUUCAAAAUUCGCCAUACCCAUCGAUUCAUCUCUUUCCCCAUAUGAGAAAAGCCCUAAUUUUGAUUUCCUAGAAAAAAAAAAAUCAGCUGAUGGGUGCGAGCGAGAAGUUCGAUGGAAUCCUCCCCAUCCAGAAAUCCGAUGUCUAAGUUUAUUACUGGUGAAAGUAAAUUUGAACCGAAUCUGAUGUGUCUCAUGUUUGAUGCGUCUCCAAAAUUUGAUGUCUAAUUACUGGAAUAUAAUUUUGAUCUUCGUGGGAAAAAAAUGGAGCUUUGUGAAUGUUCAAGAGCUGCAGAGUUUCCAGAAGAGCUUUGUGAAUGUUCAAGACAUUUUGGAUCAGAACCGGCUGUUGAUCGACGAGAUCAAUCUGAACCAUGAGUCCAAUCAACCUGAAAACUUGCAAUCUAAAGGCAAGUUUAUUACACUGAAAACACCAUUCUGCUGGUCUGCAAAGAUACCAAAUCGUAAAACUCCAGUUCGGUCCUGUUUUAGUUUCCUUGUGCACUCACUUGUGCCUUUGUACUCUCAUAUGUAAGUGAAUUUUUGUUUUUCUCAUUGCAAGACACCCUUGAGACUUUGUCCAUAUCAGUGAUAUUAAGAAGAAGCUGUUCAAGGAUUUAGAUGGCAUAGCCAAGAGUUCUGCGAUUCUAGCUUCUAACACAAGUUCCAUCUCCAUCACUCGUCUUGCUUCUGCAACACAAAGACCUUGCCAGGUAUGAAGGAAGUUGUGUCUACAAAUAAAGCACCACCUGCUGUAGGACCAUACUCUCAGGCCAUCAAAGCCAACGGUUUCGUUUUCGUUUCAGGUGUUCUUGGACUUGUGCCUGAGUGCUCGAUUACACACUUUCAUCGCUUCCUUUUCCACAUAGAAACCAAUAGCUAGUGACCCGCCGGCCUAAACGUGACCAUAAUACCAAAAACAACAUAACUCACAAAGAACAACAACAUCAAUGGCGACGGAGCAAAUCAAGAUUCUGGUGAUCGGAGGAACUGGUUACAUCGGAAAGUUCAUCGUCGAAGGCAGCGCUAAAUCCGGCCACCAAACAUUCGCUCUCGUCAGAGAAUCCUCUCUCUCUGACCCCGUCAAGGUCAAAAUCGUCCAGAACUUCAAAGAUCUCGGCGUUACAAUACUAUAUGGAGAUUUAAGCGACAAGGAGAGCUUAGUCAAGGCCAUUCAACACGUUGAUGUAGUCAUCUCCACCGUUGGUCUCUCUCAAUUCAUGAACCAGAUUAAUAUUAUUUCUGCUAUUAAAGAAUCUGGCAAGCAUAUUAAGAGAUUCUUGCCUUCUGAGUUUGGCAAUGACGUGGAUCGAACGGUGGCGAUUGGACCAGCGAAGUCGGAGUUCGCAAUGAAGGCUGAGAUCCGCCGUGUCGUUGAAGCUGAAGGUGUACCUUACACAUACGUGAUCAACAAUUGCUUUAAUGGGUAUUUUUUGGCUACACUUGCUCAAUGUGAAACGAGACUCACUUCUCCUCCUAGAGACAAAGUCACCAUCUAUGGCGAUGGUAACGCUAAAGCCAUUUUAAACAAAGAGGAAGACAUUGUUGCAUACACCAUGAGAGCUGUCGAUGAUCCAAGGACUCUCAACAAGAGUAUCUACAUAAACCCUCCAAAAAACAUUGUUUCGCAGAACGAUGUAGUUGCCUUGUGGGAGAGCAAGAUUGGUACAACUCUGGAGAAGACUUACGUUUCAGAGGAAGAACUCCUCAAGAAAAUACCACAGUCACCACAUCCUCUGGAUCUUCUGUUGGCUUUGAAUCAUGCCAUCUUUGUGAAAGGAGAUCAAACGUGGUUUACAAUAGAGCCUUCCUUUGGUGUGGAAGCUUCUCAGCUUUACCCUGAUGUCAAGUACACAAGCGUCGAUGAGUAUCUCAACCAGUUUGUGUAAGAAGUAAAAGAAAUCAUCUUCGCCUUGUGGCAACCAUUUACUGUGAUGAUGAGAGAUUGAUGACCAUUGGUCUGUUAUACCAAAAACUGAAUAAGACAUAUCUAUAUGAUAGUUUAUUGCA